AUUUUUGUGAAAAACGAAACCAAGGGGCGGCGGCAAGCAGUUUACCGCUCCACCCUGAGACCGGCGUUGCUGCUACAGCAUCAAUCUCUCACCACACCCCUCUUUCUAAAUUUACUGAGGAGAACAUGGCGACUGCAAGGCUUCCUACCAUCUGCAUGUUCGGCAGUGCUCCACAAAGCCGAACUAGAAGUGCCUUUAUCAAGAGCCCGUCUUCUUUGGGGUCCGUAAGGAGCAUUACCAGAACCUUUGGCUUGAAAGCGAAGCCCGAUUUUAGAGCAUCUUGCAUGGCUGUAUACAAGGUGAAAUUGAUUGGACCUGACGGUGCUGAGUGUGAGUUCGAGGCACCAGAUGAUUGUUACAUCCUCGACUCAGCUGAGAAUGCAGGAGUCGAACUUCCAUACUCAUGCAGGGCUGGUGCAUGCUCCACCUGUGCAGGGAAAAUGGUGACGGGAACUGUCGACCAGUCCGAUGGUUCGUUUCUUGAUGACAACCAAAUGAAGGAUGGGUACUUGCUGACAUGCGUUUCCUACCCGACUUCAGAUUGUGUGAUUCACACACACAAGGAGAGUGAUCUAUAUUGAUUGUCAUUUUCGUUUCUGUCAUCGUUGGCUUGUUAGACCCAAAACAAAUUAUUGGCCUGGUUAGUCAGUUGCAAACAUGAUCGUUAGCCUUGCUCGUCGAGCUUUUCUAGUCCGACAACCUCUGCUAGCAUCUCUUCAGCCUCUUAUGUUUCUUACCUGGUAUGUUUAUGUUAAAAGGGGAAUUUCAAGACUUCAAAGAAUUAAUUGUGCUACAACCUCAGUAUGUUAGAAAGAUUUAUUAUAUGACCUUA